UCAGUCGUCAUACGUGCGCGCCGCCUCUGUUGCUCGCGGGGGAUGUUGGAAAGCUAUCAUGGCGGGCUCCGCUGCUUCCUCGGUGCGACCGCCUAGGCCCAGGAAGGAGCCUCAGGCGCUUGUCAUCCCCAAGAACGCGGCAGAAGAACAGAGGCUCAAGCUGGAGCGGCUCAUGAAGAACCCGGACAAAGCAGUUCCAAUUCCAGAGAAAAUGAAUGAAUGGGCACCUCGACCUCCCCCAGAAUUUGUCCGAGAUGUAAUGGGUUCAAGUGCUGGGGCUGGCAGUGGAGAGUUCCAUGUGUAUAGGCAUCUGCGCAGGAGAGAAUACCAGCGCCAGGACUACAUGGAUGCCAUGGCUGAGAAGCAAAAAUUGGACGCAGAGUUCCAGAAAAGACUGGAAAAGAAUAAAAUUGCUGCAGAGGAGCAGACUGCAAAGCGGCGGAAAAAGCGCCAGAAGUUAAAAGAGAAGAAAUUACUGGCAAAGAAGAUUAAACUUGAACAGAAACAAAAAGAAGGAGCCAGUCAGCCCCACGAGCAGCGGCCUAGUAGCUCUGAGGAGACUUCUGGAACAGAAGAAGAGGAAGAAGAGCCCAGCUUCAUCAUGGGGCGAUGACCAAGUCUGCCACAGCAGCUGUCCAGCACAGCACUGCACCCUGGAUAGAAAGUAAAUGGGACCCUCUGAGCUGCUGAAAGUGCUGCCUAUCAGUGGGACUUGGAGGCUAUGGACUGAGGCAGUGCCUCCUGGACACACUCAAGGGCACUGGCUGCCAGAAUCCCUCCACAUGCCUGCUGAAAGGGACAGAGUUCCUGACCUGCUGGUGCCUGUUCUCGCACAUUUCAGUGGUGAUGGAUUUAGGGCUGGUUUCUGUUAAGGGAACAUUUAGUUAGUAAAGAACAGAAAACCUUCAGGUUUUGUUCAUACAUGUGAAACAUGAAUUACAAACGCUACAGGGAAGGCUAUGAUACAACAUGAUUGCAAAGGGGCCUCAAGAGUCAGCAGCAGGCCCUGUUUCCUGGACCUGUUCCCAGAUUCAGUGAAGAAAAUGGCUUUGGCUUUGGGGCUAACCUGAGUUGCUGGGCUCUGAGCCCCAUUCCUUUCAGUAGUAUGUGCAGGCCAUGCUGCAGGGUGUCUGUUGCCACCAGUAGCUGCCUGCACACAGUGUGUAUUGAGAAGCCCCAUCCUGGGACUUCACUGCAGGCUGGGGGCACAAGAAGGUAACCUGGUGUGUGAAAAGAGCUACAGGGCAUACACUGAGGCAGGGGGGUUCAAACCCAGCCUGGCUUGCUAAACAACAAUGACAACUGCAACAAAAAAAAUAGCCAGGUAUUGUAGCAGACGCCUAUAGUCCCAGCUACUUUGGAGGCUGAGGCAAGAGAAUCACUUAACCCAAGAGUUUGAGGUUGCUGUAAGCAGUGACACCACAGCACUCUACUGAGGGCAACAAAGUGAGACUCUGUCUCAAAAAAAAAAAAAAAACUGCGGGGGAAAUGGUAAUGACCAGGAAAUUAAGCAAGAGGGGGAUGGUGGGGUGGGCUGAGCCCAAGUAGAGGACAUAGGGGCUUCCAGCCCAACUGGAAGGGUGACUGGGCAAAAGCUGUAUUUUCAUCCCGAAGUCAAAUGGCCCAGGAGAGGCUUGCUGGGGGAAGUGACAGAAGCAUCAGAACUUUCCACCUUGGUCACACAGGAGCUGGGGGGUUAGAGAGAAGGGUGCAGAACUCCUGCUGUGUGUCCUCAAGUGUCCAAACCAACUUCCAUACCCAGAGAGCAGGCUCAGCCUUUGACUUCAGGUGUUUUGAGGCCAAUGGGGGCAACAAAGACAGUUUCUAAUUAAAUCAGUUGCUCCAUUUUUGGAUUAUUUAUCUCCCAGGUCCUAAUAAGUAUAUUCUGUGCCUUUUAUGCACUUCGAUGAAAUUAAGAAAUAGCAGUUUUGAAUGAAGUUCCCAAGAAACAGUUUUUCUUUUACUUCCCUAGUAUAGAUUUCCCCGGCCCCACUCUGAGCCAUGUGACAUCUGUGAUAACUUCUGUCCUUUCAGAGUUUCAAGUCACAGGAAUUUUUUCCUCCAGGAAGUUGAGAUGGAGAGUCAGCCCUAACAAACUAGCAGAGAACCUCACCAUGCAUUUUAAAACCUGUGUUUCUCUUUUGUCAGUGACCAGCUAGUUUUGUGUUUUUUUCUUAGUUUGGACUAUCUUUGGACUGUUGGUUUCUAUACUCUUACUGUGAGUCUGUAGCCUGGAGUUCAUUGGCAUUCUCUUGUACUUCUAGGCUGUGCCAGAGCUUGGAGCCAGGAGACCUGGGUUUGAGUCCUGACGCUGGGUCUGCUAAGUCAGGUCACUGUGGGCAGGUGGCUUCCUGCCUCUGCCAGCUCACUUGGCAGAUAUGUAUCAGCUGGCUGGGCAAAUGAAUAAAUGAACAGCAGGAUUGGAAAGAGGUUGAUGUUUUAUACCCUUACUUGAUUUCAGAAGAUGAUGUUGAGGUAGCACAUACCUUGUAGCAGUUUCUGACUUUUUUUUUUUUUUUUUUUGACAUGGGGUCUUGCUCUGUCACCUGGGGUAGAGUGCAAUGGUAUCAUCAUAGCUUAAGGCAGCCUCAGAUUCCUAGGCUUAAGCAGUCCUCCCACCUCAGCCUGUCAAGUUCCUGGGACUACUGGCAUGCGCCACCAUGCCUGGCUAAUAUUUCUAUUUUUAGAAAUAGCAGAAGAGAUCUCAUUCUUGCUCGGGCUGGUCUCAAACUGAGCUGAAGGGAUCCUCCUGCCUUGGCUUCCCAGAGUGCUAGGAUUAUAGGUAUGAGCAAUGUCUGGCCAGUUUCUGACUAUUUUUAAGAGUCAUUGGUGGGCGGCGCCUGUGGCUUAGUCCGUGGGGUGCUGGCCCCAUAUACCGAGGGUGGUGGGUUCAAACCCCGCCCCGGCCAAACUGCAACCAAAAAAUAGCUGGGCGUUGUGGUGGGCGCCUGUAGUCCCAGCUGCUCGGGAGGCUGAGGCAGGAGAAUCGCUUAAGCCCAGGAGUUGGAGGUUGCUGUGAGCUGUGUGAUGCCAUGGCACUCUACCGAGGGCCAUAAAGUGAGACUCUGUCUCUACAAAAAAAAAAAGAGUCAUUGGUACCUUAGGUUGAAUUACUCUCUUUCUCCCUUCAGGAUGUGAUUUGUGUGGGAAAAGAGGAACAAACAUUGAGAAGAGAGUGGGUGAUUCCAAGAGCCCCUGACCCCCAACAAAAGCUACAAUUAGGGGAGAACCAUGAAGUAAUACCCUGUUGAUGGCUUUUGGGUAGGGAGAAGUCUGGAACUGAACACAAAGUUAUAUAUAACAUAACUUGGUUGUUCCAGAAAACUGCAUGUAUAAAACAGUCUGAUUUACCAGACAAGGUAGCCUUCUUUCAUUCACUCUACAAAUAUGCAUUGAGGUUUUCACGUGACAGCCCUGUGUUAGGCCUCAUUAUUUUUAUUAGAAUACUCUUUGCCCUUCAAUUAUAUUCCCCCAGAAUUUCCCAGACAAAAUUUAUUAACAUAGGGGCUGGGCAUAGUGGCUCAUGCCUAUAAUCCUAGCACUCUGGGAGGCUUAGGCAGGUGAAUUGCCUGAGCUCAUGAGUUCAAGACCAGCCAGAGCAAGAGUGAGACCCCACCUCUAAAAAUAGCAGGGCGUUGUGGACGGUGCCGAUAGUCCUAGCUACUUGGGAGGCUGAGGCAAGAGAAUUGCUUAAGCCCAAGAGUUUAAGGUUGCUGUGAGCUGUGACGUCAUGGCACUCUACUGAGGAUGACAUAGAUUCUGCCUCAAAAAAAAAAAAAAUUUGAGUUGCCCAGUGACACACACAUAUGUGUUCCCAGCUGAAGGAGGUGAUACUCUGCUUUCUUGUUUUAGUUUAUACAAUUAAGUCCUUUUCAUGGUCUAUUUAGUGUCCAGUUUGGGGCAUGUUUUGUUUUUGUUUUUUCUUGAUGCUGUGUAAGUUGGCCCCCAAGCAUAGUGCUGAAGUGCUGUGUAGAGUCCCUAAGUGCAAGCAGGCUGUGAUGUGCCUUAUAGAGAAACUAUGUGCAUUAGAUAGGUUCUGUCAGGCUUGAGUUUCAUUGCUAUUAACCAUGAAUCCAGUGUUAAUGAUCAACAGUAGAUAUUAAAUAGUGUCUUUAUUUAUUUAUUUUGAAACAGAACCUCAAGCUGUAGCCCUGGGUACAGUGCCGUGGCAUCACAGCUCACAGUAACCUCUAACUCCUGGGUUCAAGCGAUUCUCUUGCUCUGCCUACCAAGCAGCUGGGACUACAGGUGCCCACCACAAUGCCCAGCUUUUUUUUUUUUUUUGGUCGGAGCCAUCAUUGUUGUUUGGUGGGCCCAGGCUGGAUUUGAACUCCCCAGCUUAGGUGUAUGUGGCUGGCGCCUUAGCUGCUUGAACCAUAGGUGCCGAACCUAAAUACAGUGUCUUUAAACAGAAGCACAUAAAACAGGGUUUAUGUAUUAAUGGUUACCAAAAAUGUGAUGAGAGGCUCACAGGAACCUAACCCUAAUUUGCUCCUAGGAGCAAUGGUUUGGUAUUCACUAAUGCACUGACUUUAUAGAGUGUAUCUACUACAAUGAAGAUCAACUCUGUGUUUAUAGGCAGUGAGUGCAUAAACAAGGCUGGAAUUACAGACAGAAGUGUUUCCUCAAGCGAGGAAACUGACUUUAUUGCUUCUUGCCUUGGCAACCUGGAGAAUUUGGUGGUUGUACUGGUCCGACCCACAUUGACUGUAGGACCAGAGCUGUCACACAGGACCUCAGCACUUGCUGCUGACCCUAAGACUCUUCCUCGUCCUAAGUAGAGUUUUUGUGUUUCCUCUCCCCUAGAGAAGACUGAAGUCUUGCACCACUCACUUACCAGCCCACAGCAUCUAGGCCAUGCUGGUGCGGUGCAGGAUACUUCCUACCCCAGGCUCCUGCAUUCCUGGCUCACUCCCACCAGCAGACAGACUUGUUCUGGUGUCUCCUAAUGUGAAAUAACAAAAGCCCUGUCUCCAUGUUUUCCUUCUAUCCUAUCCCCUCUUUCUCAGCCAGGCCCCUAGAAUUCCCUGCUUCUCCCUAUUCACCAUUCAUCCAAGUUUUCAUCCCCAUCAUCCUAGUCUUGGAAAUCCAGCCCCCUGGUGGCAUUCUGUACGCCUCUCCAAACACUCAGCAUUCCUCACAGUCCUACUCCCCACUUGCCUUCUGCUUCUCUUCUGCUCAAACUUCAAUGCCAGGCCAGGUGACCUGCAGUGCUGCCUUCUGUCCUGUUAUAGUCAGGCCCCGGGAGCCUGUGGCUUUAACGGUCAUCUUCACUGGUGCCUUCUGAGUUUGUCUGUGGUUUUACCUUCCCUUCAGUGCCCCGGAUUCAUGUCCAUCUGCCAGUGUGGCAUCUCCCCUUGGAUGUCACAUGGGCACUGAAGGCUCAGCACCUAAGUCUGCCUCCCACCUUGGUAAAUUGCACCACCACCAUCCAGUUCUUGAGCCCCUUACCUAAGAAUCAGGGUCAUCCUUUGUUCCUGUUUGUCUCAUCUCCUACCCACAACCACGCAUCAGCAGGGCAGGGGCUGCUGGCUCUCACAGCUGUGCCCUGUCCCCCCACCUUGCCCUGUGUACCACCUGCAGCUCUGUCUCGGGUAGAUGCCGAGCCACCUGCUCAAGUGCUCCCAACCUGUUCCCUGUGUAGCAGCCAGAGCAACUCUUUAAUAUAAACACCAGAUUUUUUUUUUAUUAUUAUUUUUGAGACAGAGUCUCACUAUGUUGCCCUCAAUAGAAUGCCUUGGUGUCACAUCUUGCAGCAACCUCAAACUCUUGGGCUCAAGCGAUUCUCCUGCCUCCACCUCCCAAGUAGCUGGGACUACAGGUGCCCACCACAACGCCUGGCUAUUUUUUGGUUGUAGAUUUUUUAGCAGGCCCAGGCCAGGUUCAAACCCGCCAGCCCUGAUGUUCAAACCUGCCAGCACCCUAACCACUGAGCUAUGGGCACCAAGCCUAGACACCAGAUUUUCACCCCUGUGUGCUAAGUCCCUGAUGGCUUCCUUCACACUUGGAAUGAAAUAAAAGUACAGCCCUACUGACUGCCUCUUUCUCAUCCCUCCCGUGCUGGCCUCUUGCUUCUGAUAGCCCCAUCUCUACACUCAUACCUGCCUCAGGGACUCCACACUUGCUCUUAGACCUCAGCUCAGAUGGUACCUCCUUGGAGAGGCCUUUCUACCUACCCACCAUGACUGACUGUAUAGACCUGUCAUUCAUUCAUCUGCCCGUGAUAUCCCAGUGUCCCACAGCCCUCAGCUUCCUGAGAGCAAGGACCUUGCCUGUCCUCGUUUUUGCUGCAUCUAGUACCAGCACAGUGCUUGGGACAUGAUAGAUGUUUAGUAAAUGUUGCUAAGUGAUUGAGCCAAUCCCAGUGAUGGCUGAAAGCUGACAGGGAUGUUCUUCCCAUCUGAAAAACUGCUUACAUGGCAGGAAGAACUUCCGAGGGGGUGCAUGCAGCUAGUUACAUUCAAUGUGGACUGCCACAGUGCUCACACUUGUGCCGCAGCUGCACCCGCAGAGGAGGCUGCUUAAAAACUCGGAUCCCCUGGUGAUGCCCCAGAGACUGAGUCAUUACAGUUCAGACCCAAAUACUCAUUUUAAACAGAUGCCCAAGAGAUCCUACCGCACCACCCCACCCCUUGUGUCUUGAGAAACACUGGUUUUAAGGAUAUUAAGCACUAUUACUAUUACAAAUUUACUUCCCUGUUUUCAACAUUUCUCUUAUAGAAAAACAAAAAUUGGCUAGGCGCCUGUGGCUCAAGCGGCUAAGGCGCCAGCCACAUACACCUGAGCUGGUAGGUUUGAAUCCAGCCUGGGCCCACCAAACAAUGAUGGCUGAAACAAAAAAUAGCCAGGCGUUGUGGGCGCCUGUAGUCCCAGCUACUUGGGAGGAGGAGGCAGGAGAAUCGCUUGAGCCCAGGAGUUGGAGGUUGCUGUGAGCUGUGAUGGCACUCUACCCAGGACGACAGCUUGAGGUUCUGUCUCAAAAAAAGAAAAAGAAAAACAAAAAUUGGGGGUGGCGCCUAUGGCUCAAAGGAGUAGGGUGCUGUCCCAUAUAACGGAGGUGGUGGGUUCAAACCCAGCCCCAGCCAAAAACUGCAAAAAAAAAAAAAAAAGAAAAAGAAAAAACAAAAAAUAUUAUAUUAUUGAAGUAGAGGAGUGAUUUUUUACUGACUUUAGAAAUAUAACUCAAUCCACUUCCUUUGCAAUCUCAUGGGAACAGCCAUGUUUUCUUUUUCCCUUUUGGAAUUUAUGUUUACUAUUUGGCAUACUUAACUAAAGUGAGCUACAAUUACCGUAUGUUAACAUAUAUUUUAGUAAAGAGAACACUCUUAGAAAUUAACUUUCAGUAAGCCCUAUGAGGCUGUUUCUAAUUUUCUUACUCCAUAGAAUGUACCAGAUGUUUAUUGAGCACCAACUAAAUGCUAAAUCUAACGGACCCCAAAGCCCAGUUCUAUUCACUAGGAGGAUGGUUUGCGAGACAAGGGUCUGAUCAG